AAUUCAGCUACAAACUUAUUGAAAAGGGUAUUCGAUCAAGAUCAUCUGCUAUGCUCAUCUUCUUCUUCAUCUUCUUGGAAUCAUCUAUCAUUUCCAACCUCGAUUUUUCAGUAGCUGUUGAUACCUUAGCUACGAACCAAACACUCUCAGAUGGCAGCGGAACAACACUUGUCUCCGCUAGUCAAACGUUUGUCCUAGGAUUCUUUAGUCCGGGGAGCUCAAGAUACCGAUACCUCGGAAUUUGGUUCGGAAAUGUGCCGGAACAGACUGUGGUUUGGGUUGCCAACAACAAUAAUCCAAUUCCGGAUUUGUCCGGUGUCAUCAGGCUCACACCCAUGGGAGAUUUAAUCAUCAGUAGCAGCGGCAAUACGAAGAAUCAAGCAAAUAUAGUUUGGAGGUCAAAUUCAUGGUCUCCAGGAAUCAAGAAUCCUGUUCUGCAGCUUCUGGACAACGGUAACCUGGUGGUGAAGAAUGGGGAUAGCUUCCUUUGGCAAAGCUUCGACUAUCCAGGCGAUACACUGCUUCCCGGGAUGAAGCUUGGAUUGAACCUGAAAACAAAACAAGAAUGGUACCUAACAUCCUGGAGAACCCCAGACGACCCCUCCACGGGGGAUUUUAGUUUCACCUACAGACUGGACCUUCUUGGACUGCCUACCUUUACCCUCCGCAAGAAUUCAACCGUGCAAUUCAGAGAUGGAACCUGGGAUGGCAGAAAGUUCGGAAGAUACUCUUUGGGCGAUUUCUACAAAGGCAUAUUUAAGCAAACGUGUAUUUGCAACGAUGAAAACGCAUACUGCACAUUUCAGUGUCUCCAAAACUCAACCAUUUCAAGAUUCGUGGUGAACCAGACAGGGCUGCUAAAAUUCUAUAUCUGGAACCACAAGAACAAAGGUGAAUGGUUCAGUACUCCCAUUCAAGUUGAUCAAUGCGAUAAAUAUGGAGUUUGUGGUAAUAACAGCCUUUGCAACGCCAACAGGCUGCCUUUAUGUGAAUGUGUGGAUGGGUUCGAGCCGAGAUUGCCUCUCGAUUGGGAAUCGCUUCAGUGGUCGGGGGGUUGUGUUCGAAGGACGCCAUUGAAUUGCAGUGAAUUGCAAGGGUUUAGGAAGAUCACAGGGAUAAAAUUGCCUGCGAACUCGAAGAUGGUUGGGAAAAACAGGACAUCAUUAAUGAGUUCAAAGGAUUGUGAAAAGGUUUGCUUAGGUAAUUGUUCCUGUUCGGCCUAUGCUUGGGCUGAAGGUGUUGGGUGUGCUGUGUGGUAUGGUGAUGAGUUAGCAGACAUGAAAUUGUAUUAUAGUGAAGGACAGGAUCUGUACAUUCGAAUGGCGUCUGUUGUCUCUCAACUUAAUGGAUCCAACAAAAAGGGAAGACAACGAAGGGCUUUAGUUGCAUCAUCAGUAUGGAUAAUCACAGGGCUGCUCAUCCUCCUCCUAACCAUAACUACCUGCUAUGGCUUUCAUGCAUUGGCUGCAAGAAAGAAAAGAAGAGUUAUACGAAAAGAAGAAAGUCUUGAAUUACUAGGGGAUUCAUUAGAGCUACCAAUGAUUGGUUUCGAUGAACUAGUGGCCGCUACCAACAACUUCAAUGAUGAUAACAAGCUUGGUGCAGGAGGAUUUGGUCCCGUUUAUAAGAUGGGCAGGAAAUAGCAGCAAAAAGACUAUCUUGUUUUUCAGGACAAGGCACUGAAGAGUUCAAGAAUGAAAUAUUGCUCAUCUCCAAACUCCAACACAGGAAUCUUGUUCGGUUAUUAGGUUA